UGUGACGUUGACUGUUUGUACUCGUUAACACGACCGAUGUCAUUGUCAUUGUUUUUUCAGUACGAACCGGUUAACGACCCACAGCUACGCAUCGAAUGGUACCUGAACGGAAAACCACUGGUGGUCGGUUCCAAGUACCACAUGCGCAACGAAUUUGGACUCGUGACCAUGGACAUUUUGUAUACGUUCCCUCAAGACUCCGGAGUUUAUACGUGCAAAGCGAUAAGCACUCAGGGAGAAGCGUCGAGCUCCGGAACGAUUAAAUGCCAGGCUAAGGAAACGAUCCUUCGGGCACCGUUCAAUGUGUCUUCGGUGAAGAAAAUAGCGGAACUGGAAGCACCGAAACCGGGUGCUGCCGAAGUUCCGGAAUCUCCACCGGUUCAGCCGACGUUCUCGACUAACAUUCAAGAUUUGCUGCAGCUAGUGGAAGGACAAUCUGCCCACUUCGAGGCUUCGGUGGAGCCCAUCAAUGACCCGAGGCUGGUCAUACAGUGGUACCACAACGGUAAACUUGUAAGCGCCACGUCGAGAAUGAAGUACAUACACGAUUUCGGGAUGGUGAUUUUGGACAUCACGCAGCUGAUGUGCAAACCGCGCGAAAAAAUUAUUUACGAUUCCCAGCAGCCACAGAGUUUGGAGAGAAUCAAGGUUCUGGAGAUGCCAAAGGAAGCAGUUGAGGAACCGGCUGCCAAACCACCAGAGGCGCCGAGGUUCGUCACCAAAUUGCCGAUGUUCCCUCCGUUGAUUGAGAGCGACUCGGCCCACUUGGAAGCUCAGUUAACUCCGACGAACGACCCUAAGAUGAAGAUCCAGUGGUUCCGGAACGGCAAGCUCUUGCCUACCGGCCACCGCUUCAAGCAGAUAUACGAUUUCGGCUUCUGUGUGUUUGACAUCAUCGGCAUGACAGCGGAGGACAGCGGCGAGUACAAGUGCGUGGCCACCAACGAAUCCGGCACAGACAGCACAAGUACGACGCUGCAGUGCCAGCCGAAGGGCUCGUUGUUCCUGGAACCAAUCAGCAUCGAGAAGGCGAAGGCUGUGCACGACCUCGAAGAGUCGCUGGUGAAAGUGCCGGCCGAGGCACCACCAGAGAAACCUCAAAUGGCGCCCGUCUUCUUGAAGCCGCUGCAGAACCCUCCGCCCCUGCAAGAAGGAGACAACGCUCAUUUGGAGGCGACCAUCUCGCCCGUGAACGACCCUAAUCUGAAGAUAGAAUGGUUCCUUAACGGCAAAGCGUUGAAAACCGGCUCUCGUGUGAAGGCGAUCUGCGAUUUUGGCUUUGUCAUCCUCGAAAUCACGCCCGUGUACCCGGAAGAUUCCGGCGAGUACUUGUGCAGAGCCAGCAAUCGAUUGGGCGAGGCGGUUACCUCGGCGCACAUCGUCUGCGAAAGCAAGGACAAAAUCAUUCGCCGGUCGCAGCUUCCGGAAAGCUAUUCUGGAGCGCAGCAGAAAAUCGAAAUUCUCGAGACCGCCAAACCAGCGCCUGAGAUGGAGCCGGAGCCGGUGUAUGGAAAACCGAUCCUCGAACCUCAGGACGAAACCGGCCAGGUGGCGCAUUUCGAGUUCAAACUCGAGCCCGCUGAAGACCCAAAUAUGAAAGUUGAAUGGUUCCACAACGGGCAUCCUGUCUCCCACAGUAAGUCCAGGGUCCUUGCACACGUUGCCUGUUCACGACUCAAGACAAUCAACGAUUUCGGUUUUGUGAUUUUGGAAAUCGCUCCAGCCGAACCUCAUGAUUCUGGCACAUAUUCGUGCCGAGCGUCCAAUGCACAGGGCUCUUGCUCUGCGGACAUCGAACUACAGGUGGAAGAAUUUUUGCCUGAGACCGAAUUCGAUCCUCCAAAGUUCACUGAGCCGUUGACAGACUUUGAGGAACAGCCAGAGGGCAAUUCGAUCAGGUUCGAGUGUAAACUAGAGCCUCUCGGAGACCCGACCCUCCGGAUUGAAUGGCUGCACAACGGUCGACCGAUUCCUUAUAGCACCAGGAUUCAGACGCAACAUGACUUCGGAACCGCCGUGUUGAUCAUUCAACACAUAAUUCCAGAGGACUCAGGUGAAUACACGUGCAAGGCGACAAAUAGCAAGGGUCAAGCUUCCACUACGUGUAGCCUGGUUUGCAGGUAUGCACUUUUUGUUAUAAAUAACAGUCAUGUGAAAAUGCCUAACCAAUUUUACGAUCCGGAAAUUAUUCUAACAUACCUUAGCCAUGAAGGUCUUUUCAGGUCAAAGCGGGAAAUCGAGAUGCCACGAUUCGUUUCGCCGCUGAUCAGCACGAUAUCAGACAUAAAGGAAGGAGACACUGUGCAUCUCGAAUGCAGGGUCACUCCGGUCGAUGAUCCACAUUUGGUCAUUCAGUGGUACUUCAACGGGAAGCCCCUGAAGACGGCUCACCGGUUCAAGACUACGUUCGACUUCGGCUUCGUUUCGCUGGACAUUCUGUACGCGUACCCGGAAGAUUCCGGAACGUACGUGUGCAAGGCAAGCAACGAGAAGGGCGAGGCCGAGACUUCGUGCAGUGUUACGAUCCUCGGCAAGCCUCGGCUGGUGUUCCAGCGUCAGGCGCCGGUACAAACCGCGGACGAGCUCAAACGACACUUCUCGCAGUACACAACGGCCGAGAUUGACGACAAACGCGACAAACCUCGCUUCGUCACCAAGAUCGAAAACGUGGCCAUCAGCGAGGGCGACUUCGCCAGGUUCGAGUGCCAGCUAGCGCCGAUCAACGACCCGAACCUGAAGGUCGAGUGGUUCCACAACGGAGAGCCCAUUAUCUUGGGUCAUCGGUUCCUUGCCAUCCACGAAUUCGGCUACGUCGCGCUGGUGCUUCUUUAUGCCCUUCCAGUGGACACCGGAGAAUAUGUGGCACGCGCGAUAAACAAGUACGGUCAUGAUACGGUAAAGGCGAAGUUGGCGUGUGUACCAAAGAAGCGGGUUAUUACCGAAUCGCAGCUGCCACCAGGAUUUUCGGUUGCCGAAAUUUCCAAACUUGAAGAACAGCUUUACUGGUCUCAGAUGGGUGAAACCGAAACCGAGGAAGUCAAGAAGGCUAAAUUCCCUCCAGUGUUCACGAUUUCGCCUCGUCGAAUUCAGGCGGUCGAGAACGAACCGGCUCGAUUCGAAUGUGCCGUUUCAGGCAAUCCGGCGCCGAGAGUGACCUGGUUCAUCAACGGCCGCCAAGCUGUGACGGGUUCACGAUUCAAGUUGAGCUACGACGGUAUGCACUAUUUCUCAAUCCCGAGGGUGAUCCCUCAAGACGCUGGCGAGAUCAUUUGCGUGGCGCGAAACUCCGAGGGUGAGGUUCAGGUGGCGGCCACUCUGGACGUGUUUGAACUGAAAGACUUCCGAACGCAUAAACUGAAAACCGGCAAACGCGAAUCAGAAACCGAUGCUUUACAACGAGAAGAAAAGUGGAAACAGGAGAUGCUCGGCUCGCUCGGCCAGGUGUUCGAAAAGGCUCCAAAACCGAGCUUCCAGAAAUUGCUCGAAGUCGAGGCUGCGAAGGAGCCCGUGGAACCACUGGAGUCUGAGGAGUUGAAGCAAAAGUUCCAACGUAAACGACACGAUGAAAUUUAUGAGAAGAUACUGCCGCCUGACCAGACGAAGGUUCGAGGUCCAUCCGGAUUCACCGAAACUGUGCAGCUAAAGCCAACCCGGUUGCAACAGCGAGAACUACCGAAAGAAGAGAAAAUCAACGUCGAACUUCGAUCCACCCCGAGGAAAGAAAAACCUCCAGAAGAACCUCAAGUACCUGCUUGGCAGAUGGGCUUGAAGAAGCUGAACGUCGAGGCUAUGAACCUUCUGCCUCCACCGGAGAAGGAGGUCGAAAUUUCCGCGAAAGAUCAGAUAAAGCUCAGGCCUGCCAAGCCGAAGCCUGCUGAUCAGCCGACUGAAUUCGAACACUUUAAACUCGCUUCCGAAAAGCCGAUACCGAAGUCUGGUCUUAGACAAAAGGAAAGCGAACCAGAAGUAGAACCUUCGGUCCCGGCUAAGCAAGUCGCCCUGAAACCUUCGUUUGCUCCCAAGGCUGCGUUGCCUGCCGAGCAAGCCAACAUCGCCGCAGUGCAGUUGAAGCCGACGGUUCAUCGCCCGCCUGCUGGUCAGUCGAUGAAACAGCCGCCAAUGAUUUCGAAGCAGCUGCAGCCGUGCUCCACGGAGAUUGGACGUAGUGCGGAACUGUUGUGCGAAUUCACCGGGGACAAACCCCUGACGAUUAACUGGUUGUUCGAUGGGAAGCCCAUCACCAGCUCUUUCGAAUUUCAGGUAGGUGGUAACGUUGUUCGUAAUUAUCGACUUUCCUAA